GUGCGUGUCGCUAGGUCGUCGCUGGUCGCUUAUCGCUCAUCCGCCCCAUGCUUUGGAUAUAACUUCACCGUUAAGACCGAGAAAUUUCGGAAUGCGAAAAAAGUUUCGGAAAGCAAAAGUUCAAAGCAAAUAAAAAAAAAGUUCAAGUCGGGGCUUUAAGGCCAGCUCAUCGCAUUUGUCGAGCGGAAAUAAGUGUUAAUUGAAAAAUAAUCAGCUGCAAAAGAUGGCCACAGCCUGCAUGCCGCAGUUUACGGAAUCUUUUCAAACCACCCACUUGGAGUUACCAACAAAUGAAAGUGGCAAUAGAGAACCGUCGAAAACAAGUGGCUUCUUCUACAGCGCCAGCACACAUUACCACAGCAAAGUGCAGCAGCUGAUCAGCUUCAGCUUCACCUCAUCGUUUCACCUGCUCUUCAUCACCUGCAUUCUGAGCAUCAGCAAAUUCUGCAAUGCGGCGGCGGUAAAUGCCGCCCAUGUCACCGCUGCCACGCCCACUGCCAGCGAGAUAAUGCACAAUCUGACCGGAUCGGCGCUGCUGGAGCGUCUGAAAGCCAGUACUCUGGGACCCACCCUCGAUCAGCUGAAGCACUUGGCUCCUGCGGCAGCCAACAGCAUUAGUCCUGCGACAGGAUCUGGCAUGGGCAUCGGAAUGGGCCACUUUGGCAACUCCAUCAACUCGGUGCUGAACGGGAAUCCACUAAAGUUCCUGAAUGUGUCGGGCAAAAUCGGCACUCCUUUGGAUAUAUCGCUCGGUCUGACCAACUACUGCGAUGAGAAGCAGUUCCAGUGCUCCACCGGCGAGUGUAUCCCCAUACGGUUCGUGUGCGAUGGCUCCUCCGAUUGCCGGGACCACAGUGAUGAGCGGCUGGAGGAGUGCAAGUUCACAGAAUCGACUUGCGGCCAGGAACAAUUCCGGUGUGGCACCGGAAAGUGCAUUCCACAGAGAUGGGUCUGCGAUCGGGAGAACGACUGCGCCGAUGGAAGCGACGAGGCGAUGUCCCAGUGCCGAAGCCCAACGUGUUCGCCCGAGCAGUUUGCCUGCAAGUCGGGCGGGGGCGAGUGCAUUCCCUUGUCCUGGAUGUGCGAUCAGAACAAGGACUGUCGCGAUGGCAGCGAUGAGGCGCAGUGCAAUAAGACGUGUCGCUCCGACGAGUUCACCUGCGGCAAUGGACGUUGCAUCCAGAACCGCUUCAAGUGCGACGAUGACGACGAUUGCGGUGACGGAUCGGAUGAGAAGAACUGCGGGAUCAAGCCGAAGUGCAAUGCCGAUUCCUUCACCUGCAGGAGUGGCAACUGCAUUCCCAAUCAAUGGGUUUGCGAUGGAGAUGCAGACUGCAGUCAUGGCGAGGAUGAGGUGCAAAACUGCACCGCCAAUCUAUUGAACUUCUGCCAAAGGGGAGAGUACCAGUGCGCGGAUAGAAUCACCUGCCUGCACACAUCGUGGGUUUGCGAUGGCGAGGCCGAUUGUCCCGAUGGCGAGGACGAGUCGCCCUCGAAUUGCGCGAAAACCACAUGUCGUCCCGAUCAGUUCCAAUGCGACGAUCACACCUGCAUCGCCGGCCAUCUGACGUGCAACGGAGACAGGGACUGUGCGGAUGGCAGUGAUGAGAAGAACUGCAACAUCAGUGCGCCACCGAAGACUUGCAAUGCCACCAGUGAAUUCGACUGCGGCGGCGGUCUGUGCAUCCCGAAUGCCAAGGUCUGCGACCGCAGAAAGGACUGCCCGAAUGGCGAGGACGAGCCGGCCGGAAAGUGUGGCAUCAACGAGUGUUCCACGAAGAACGGCGGCUGCAUGCACCAGUGUGUGGAUCUGGAGGUGGGCUACCGCUGCGAGUGCCACGACGGCUACAAACUGGACGCCGAUCAACACACCUGUGUGGACAUCGAUGAGUGCCAGACUCCGGGCAUCUGCUCUCAGGUGUGCGUCAACGAGAUCGGAGCCUUCAAGUGCGAGUGCGAGGCGGGCUACAUGAGAGUCCUGAAGAAUCACACCAGGUGCAAGGCCAGCGAAGGACAUGCCUCGCUGCUGCUGGCCCGGCGCCAUGACAUCCGGAAAAUAGCACUGGAUCGACCGGAAAUGACAUCCAUAGUGAAUAGUACAAAGGCAGCCACCGCGCUGGACUUUGUGUUCCGCACUGGCAUGAUCUUCUGGAGCGAUGUGACCACAAAGAGCAUAUACAAAGCACCGAUUGAUGAGGGAAGCGAAAAGACGGUGGUGCUGACCAAGUCCUCGGUGACCUCGGAUGGCCUGGCUGUCGAUUGGAUCUACAACCAUGUCUACUUCACGGACACCCAAAGGUGCACCAUCGAACUGACCAACUUCGAGGGCAGCAUGGGCAGGGUCCUGGUGAAGGACUCGCUGGACAUUCCGCGUUCCAUCGCCUUGGAUCCCAUCGAGGGCUGGAUGUACUGGUCCGACUGGGGCGCCUCUCCGCGCAUCGAAAGGGCGGGCAUGGAUGGCUCCCACCGCACUGCCAUCAUCACCUACGAUGUCAAGUGGCCCAAUGGCAUCACCUUGGACCUGGUUCAAAAGCGCCUUUACUGGGUGGAUGGCAAGUUAAACUCCAUCUCGUCGUCGAAUUACGAUGGCUCGCAAAGGCAGCAGGUGCUCUACUCCAGCGAGUAUCUGAAGCAUCCCUUCUCGAUCACCACCUUCGAGGACUACGUCUACUGGACCGACUGGGACAAGCAGGCCGUCUUCAAGGCCAACAAGUUCAACGGAGAGGAUGUGGAGCCCGUCACAGCGACGCAUAUGUUGGAACACCCCAUGGCGGUGCACGUGUACCACCCGUAUCGCCAACCAGACGGUGUCAACCACUGCCAGUCGGUGAAUGGCCACUGCUCGCAUCUCUGCCUGCCAGCGCCCAGGAUUAACGAGCGGAGUCCUCGCAUAUCCUGCGCCUGUCCGACCGGCCUGAAACUGAUGCCCGACGGGCUAAUGUGCGUCGAAGAUCUGCGUAUCCCAACUGUGCAUCCCACUGCACCGAUGCACCGGACAACCAAACAGUCGUCCACUUCAACCACAAAACUACCUCAAGAUGGGUACAGUGAAGCGCCGGUUGCAGGAAGAACUGAAAGCAAUAGCACAGACACAGCUAAUAAGUCCCAAGACCUAUCUGGUACGAAAUCAGAAAAGGAUUACGGCCAAAUAGCGUUGAUUGUGAUAGCCAGUUUAACGGGCACCGCUCUACUAGCAUGCGUCGUCUUUGUCGUGUACCGACGCUGCACGCGCGCCGUGAACUCGAUGAACUUCGAGAAUCCCGUGUACCACAAGACCACGGAGGACCACUUCAGUCUGGAGAAGAAUGUGACGCCACACAUGUACGCCACUGCCAUGGAGGAGGAGGCCAAUAAUCCCCUCUUUCAACCUGGCACCGAAUGUGUUUAGGCCACCGCCAAAGACCAUGUUAAAUGCAUAUCCAGCUAAUACUGGCCGGCUGACCGCGAAUAUCCACAAAGUAACUCCUACUGGUAAUUCCUUGUUGGACAAAAAGGCCCAAAAACUGAACUAUUGAGUGCAAGUUUUGAUGUGAGAAAUGCGAAGAAUAUGAAACUUAUGUGUAGCAGUAAGAAAAGAAGAAUGCCAAAAAGAAAGUAGAAAAGACAAGAACGACAUCAGCAUGGGGAAAUUGAAAAUACUCAACAAAUUCAAUUUGUUGCCUAGUUUAAAGUUUAAUUUAAAUGUAACAACACUAAACACACCCACACAUAUACACUGAACACACACACUCACACCCAUAAACUAAUAACAACGUAAAACUUUUCUAGGCGCAACGUUUUGACAUCAACUAACGUCGCACCCACACACACACAGACAUCAACGCAUAUCCUUCCACCCACACGUAUACUCUCAAACACACACACACAAGCACACACACACGCACACACACAGAAGCCCAGAAGAACUCAGAGAAGGAACGAGCCAGGAUUCAGAGCCAGAAGUCCAACUUUCCUUUCACGUCCAUGAAAUCAAUUGUAAAAAGUUAAGACAUUUCGUUGAAGUUUUUGGUACCAAAAGAAACAUUUUGUGAAAUCGAAAAAAAAAAUAGGGAUAAUAGCUAAACUGAAACUGUUUAUAGACCUAACAAUUAUUGUGAUUAGGUAUAGUAUAUUUUUUGUUAUCAAGGAAUUAAUAAAAACAGUUAUUAUCUUGAAAGUAAAGUUUUUAGCACCAAGUUGGAUUACUUUUUAGCAAAAUAUUUGAACAAAACUCCCACUGUAAAUAUAUAAAACGAGAAAAAAACUAAAAUAUUUAGACAAAAUUUAUAAAAAAAAAGAAAAGAUUUUUAGAGUAUUUGAAAUUUUAUUACCUACAUACGUUGCUUCUUUUUCUUUCUUGGGUAUUCAAAACAAUUUGCUGUGAUCAGUUUAAAAGCAUUAAACCUGCAUUAAAUCAUCUUAUGUGUAGUGAUUUUACUAUUCUUCUCAUUUAUUUAGUGUGUAAAGAAGAUUUCAAUCAUUUUAACUUAUUUACAAGUUUUACACAACAAACAAACAAUUUUUAAUAUGUAUUGGCAAUUUUUGGUUCCUGUAAAAUGUAUUUUAAUUUAGGCAUGAAAAGUAUUUGCUUUAAUGCUUUUUUGAAACAAAAAUAUUAGCUAACUAUAAAUGGUAUGUGUGAAAAUUUGAAUAAAGCCGUUUACGAUAGUAACAAAACAAGAA